AUGGCUUCCCACAACACACAUAUUCCAUGCACACAGGAUGUGAUAAAAAACCCAGCACGGAAAGGAGGUCAUUCAAGAUUACCGCCCUUGGGCCUGGAAAUGGACAUCCAGUCGUCUGUUGCUCCAUCGUCCUCCAGUCCACAUGACCUUCAACACAAGGCGAUGAGUAUGUCCUACAGCACUGGAAACACCAUACACAGUGAUUCCGGACCUGGGAUGAAUAUCCCUAACAAUGUUAAUGGAACUAUAGGCAUGACCAACGGAACUGACCACUGUUCUACGGUCAGCUCCAGCGGUGUGGGAUCACUGCCAAUGUCGCUGGUCAAGAACUCGAUGAAAGCUCCUACGUGUAAAGUGUGCGGCGAUGAAUCGUCGGGUUUUCAUUACGGGGUGGAUUCAUGUGAAGGAUGUAAGGGUUUUUUCCGUCGCUGUAUUACACAAGGAAUGACACACAAGUGUUCCAAUGAGGAGAAAUGCGAGAUCACUCCGUUCACCCGGAACAGCUGUCAGUACUGUCGACUCAAAAAGUGCUUCGCUGUCGGAAUGUCACGGGAAGCCUCCAGACUUGGUAGAAGGCCAAAGAGGUUAAAAGAUUCCUCCAGCGAUGGGCGGGGCCACGGGGGUAACCUUCCGAUAGCCCCCUACCCUACUUCUCCUCAGGAGCUACAGAAGAUGCGCAUGGCUGAACUUCAGAAAGUUUUACAACAAAAUGGCACUUUUAAGGAGGAACUUAUGCAGGCCUUUCUCCAGGCAGCCCAGGUUAGCUUCCGAGAGCACCAGCGCAACCCAGGCAACAGCCAGCAGCAACCUCAACCACUGCAGAGGCCUCCGCAACAUCAGAAUCCACACCACCUCACCUCUCAAAUGAGUGUGAACGAGGUGAAUGGGAAUGGAAACUGCCAGGACUCAGGAUACUCGAGUUUCAGUAGUCCUGUCAGUAGCAAGAGUCAAUCUCCAAUUACAAAUGACAACAUGGGCGAAAAAUAUAACGGAAAUCACCAAAUGUCUGUGGCAAACGGUGACAUGAUGUUAGAGGAGAUUGAUAACCUGACAAUGAACAUUAAGGCGGAGCCUGGGAGUAACUUCUCCAACUGUAGCGGGCUGGAAAACAGCACCGAUAUACUGGCUCAGAUGGACCUGAAAAUGUUGAAUCAGCUGAACGAAAAAAUGUUCAUGGACCCUUCGACUCUCCUGUUUGAGAGUAACUUCUCUCCGCCCGAGGCCACGUGUAAACUCGAGCCAGAUAGUCCGAGUGUUAGUGAUGUGUCCGCGGGUAAAAUGAAUCCAGACCUGAGUUUUUCAGAUCACAACAGUCAAGCGGGAAGUACGAGUAGUGGUGGGAAAGAUCCGAAUCUGGAUUUAGAGGAAGAGGAAAUCGUAGAAACUGACCCAUCAAAAUUGUUGGAGGAAGUGCGGCAGGGUCCAUCGGACGUGAGGCGCGCUCUGAUCGAGCAGGUGACGGAAAGUGUUGUGGAGGCACACUUCCAGACCUGUAAUCCCACAUAUCAAAAUGUCGCAGAAGCUAACGAAAGAUUUGCAGAAAAAAUGGCUGCCGGUGAUUUGCCUGACUUUAGUAAACUGGUAAUCAACCCCAACUCGGUGUGGCAGCAGUUUGUCUCUCAAAUGGUUCCUGAAAUCACACUGGUGGUCAAGUUCUGCAAGAAGAUCCCAGGUUUUGGGGAGAUUGACCAGGAUGACCAGAUUAACCUAAUUAAGCAGGGUUCAUUUGAGGUCAUGCUAUGCCGGUUCUGCAAUCUCGUGGACUUCAAGAAGGAAGUGAUGUUUGAUCCAGAAAUGAAAAUCAAGUGUCCUAGGUCCUUGGUGAAAAUGCUACCUAUGGGAGAAUUCAUGGAUGAGUUUUUUAAUGUAGCUGAGAUGUUCAACCCGCUGAAACUUACAGAUGGAGAGAUUGGGCUUUUUUCCUCUACUCUCAUCAUAUCUCCAGAGAGAAAAGGCAUCAAAAAUGUGCGAGCCGUUAAAAAGCUGCAGUCUCUGUUAUUCCAGUGCCUGUACGCCCUCUUCAAGAAAAACCACUUUGAUUAUGACAACGUUUUUAUGAAGGCGGUAUCCACAAUAAAUACAUUCAAGGUGGUCAAUUUCAAGCAUCGUAUCGCCCUCAACAGCAUGCAGAUGCAGGCCCCAGCUAAAGACAUGUUUCCUCCACUCCACCAGGAAGUGUUUGAACAUGGUGACUGUAGCACGGAAGAGAACAAAAAAUCAUGAGACUUGACCUCUCAGAUGAAAAAAAGAAUCGUUGGAUCGUAUAUAACACUUUGUACAUAAAGGGCUAAGUGUAUCGCAGACAUAAAAACUAGCAGCUGAGAGGAUGUUGGUGAGAGGGAGAAAUCAAACAUUUCAAAGAUCUCAAUCAGUGUCACCCAACAUUAGCUUGAGUUGCCUCCCUUUAGAUCCUGCUGGUACAGCCUUAAAAAGACUGUUACACUCUCUAUUGCUAAUUCUGUAUGGAGGCACACACUAAGGGCUAUGUGCCUCCUCUCCCCUUCCCCCGCCUCCCCCAAGGUAAUCCAUACCAUUAGGUUGGUUGUGGAUGAUAAAUAAAAUUCAUAGCUUCACUAAAUUUCACAAUGUGGUCACUGAUCAUGAAAUACAUUUGUCCUACAAACAUUUCUCUUCAUGUUACAACACAUUUAACAUAGACACAUUGUCACUGUUCAAGGAAAGAGAACUCCUGAUGGCAGUCGAUCUCUGUGUGAAGUUUUGUGGGGUUUUUUUGGUUGUUUUUUUUUUGUUUUUGUUUUUUGUAAACUACUGAAAUGACAAUGGACUUUAAUGUUACAUAUGUACUGUACUAUCACAAAGGUAGAAGCAGGAGUGAAGAAGAGGAUCAAAUGUUUUGCCCCACUGCUUUGUUGGUUGGGGACCAGUUUAAGAGUGGGGGUGGGUGGGGGUGUGUUGUGUAUUGGACGUUCUUUUGUUACACCUCUAUACACUGUAAAUCAUACCGGUAAUUUGAUGAGCUGUUAAUAAAUGAGAUACAGCUUGAUAUAAAGUACAUGUUUCAUAAAAGGUCUGCUAAUCCACCUUUUAUUCAGCUCUAUUGAGCUUUUCUAAUCGAAAUUUUGCUUGUGUUGUCUAUAUGUGUGAUGGUUGUAAGCAUUCUUUGUUACCACAGGACAAUAUCAACAAACUUACCACAAUGAAUCCAUGAGUAAAUGUGGAUUCAAGUUUGUUGAAAUGAAGGGCCGGGUCCAUGUCUUAGGGGAGGUAAUUAAGAAAAAGUUGAAAUGAGGUAGUAAUAAAAAAUCUUAAAACCCAUAGAAGCCUAAAAGUUGAAACUUGUAUAAAAAGAUCCUUUACAUUAUAAAGAUUUAAUUUUGUUUGCACCAUGAGUCCAAGAGCAUGGACAAUUCGGGUUCAAAAUUUUUCAUGAAAUUUUGGAAAAUUCUUUGAAAAUCUGUUUCUCAAGAACAACAAGGGUGCCGUAGGCCCUUAGAUUAAAGUUUGUAGAGACCUUUCCCCCUGCGCCUUCCCCCCGGGGGUUGAGAUAGGGCAACAAAAAGGGCUCAGAGUUGUAUGAUGUAGGCUAAUGUUCAGAGAGUUAUGUAAAUCUUUUUCUCAAGAACCAGAAGAAUUCAAAUUGAUGACGAAAGCAUCCUGAUGAAAUGUAAAUUCAAUAUUAUUUACACCAUAAAACCAGGCCAAGGGCAGGGCUACAAUAGGAGUUAAUCAGGCCAAGGACAGGACUAUAAUAAGAGUUAUCAGGCCAAUGGCAGGGCUAUAAUAGGAGUUGAUCAGGCCAAGGACAGGGCUAUAAUAAGAGUCAAUCAGGCCAAGGGCAGGGCUAUAAUUGGAGUUUGAAAAUUCACAUUUAUGUCAUAUUUGAUAUGCAAGCAUCUUCAUGUAGUGUGGAUUUAAAUGACCUUAUGGGUUCAAGAUAUGAAUCUGUUAGAGGUGUGUGGGGCAGAAGUAGGAUUUUUUCACAAGGUGAGCGAUGUGGCCCAUAGUUCUGUAAUUCAGUGUUGUAGAACAAAGAUGGGGAAGAAGGACUUGUAGAUUGACCUUGAUUUUAGUUUUGAUGUCACCAAGGCACAUUUGAUGCAUAUUUAAAAUCUUUUAUAUUUUGUGAACACAACAUUUUUCAGGAGAAUAUCUGUUUAUUUAUAUCUUGAUACAAAGAUUUUACAAUUUUCAUAGAGGAUAUCAUCCCCCCAUUGUGUUUUGAUUAUUUUACUUGUAAAUAUUUUCACAUUUGUAAAUAUGUGUCAUUGUGUAAAUAUUAUGUGAAGAUUAGAGUUGUGUAUUGAGUGAUGUUCACUGUGUUAUCUCACUGUAAGGUUAAUAGUAAAGAGGGACAUUUCAUGAAAUCUUGGAAGAAAUUUUUUUUUAAACUUUAAAGGAGUUAUAUCCCUUGCACUGAACAUUUAACUUGUGUAACAUUUUUAAAUGCACGUGGUACCUUGCUGGUGUGAACUACACUUUUACAGAUUUUUUUCUUCUUUUUAAUUUUUGUAUGUUACAAUAAUAUAAAGCAAACCAGUGGAAAUAUUGCGUGUGGUAUAAUUAGAAAUGUAAAAGUGCUACGCAAAUGUCGAUAAAAAAAAAUCCCGAUGUCAUUCCACGUUGCCAGAAAAUUUAGGUCUGAAGUACUGGUUAGUCCUAGCAGUCAUACUUAGUAGUUACUAGUGCCAAGGGACUGAGAUCUCAAGGUAUCUGUUGAACACAGACCCAAGGGAUCUGUCUAACGAAUACUUCAUUUAAAUGAGUUUUACAAGUGCUGAGAAGUUUUAAUAUUUUUGAUUUAUUUUGUGUAAUAAAAAAAAAAAUAUAUAUACCCAGAAACUUUACGAAAUGAAUUUUGAAUUUUACAUUACACCCAAUCCCCCCCCCCCCCCCCCCCCCCCACACACACACACACACACACAUAACACCACCACUAUUAUCCACACACUUACACUCGGUAAUAUAUAGUGUAAUAGUUUUCCUGUAAUGGUCUUUUGUUCAUUUUAAAGACAUUUAUAUAUUUUUGAGUCAUUUCACUCUCAAAGUAGAGAUAAUAUAAUAUUGCAGCCAAGUCUUAAGAUGGGCUUUUUCUUAGUAUGGAAGAUGGAAAUUCCCUGUUUUCCUUUGUCUUUUAUUUUGGAAAAUUCAGCAGUUGUUUAGAUUAUAUUGUAUUGCUAUUAUUGGAAAUUUAAAUCGACUAUAUGUAGCAGUCCUAAUUAUGGUUUUAAAAAAAAUUACUUUUGCACAUGGAAAUUAAUUUUUGAACAUUUGAAAGGACUUGCAAACGAGAAAUGAAAUUUUGAAGACCUUUUUUAUUUCUUUUCUUUUUUUCUUUCUUUUUUUUUUUAGAUUAGAAGAUUUGUUUACAAGUAUGCGAUUAGUGUGUUUAAAACACCUUUUUUUCUGCUUUUAGUCUUCAAGACAGGAAACUAUUCAUGAAUUUAUUAAAAAAAAAAAAAAACUUGAAGAAAGCCAAACAUGCAAACAGCUGAUAUUUUCUGCUUUUGCUGAAAUGAUUUUUGUUAGUUUUAAUAGUGCUGUAUUUACUGUGAUACGAUUUUAUAAUCCCUGAAGAGUUACUGUUCCUACUUACAUGAACAGAGUCAACUCAUUUUGUGUAGGAAAUUAUUUGCAAGUGCUUGUUGAAUUUUUUUCUGUAGAAUUUGACUACCACAUCCCCACAGUGAAAUGUUAUAAAACAGUAUAAGAGCUGUGUGUAUGCCCAGUCCAUGAAGGUGAUCCCUUUAUCUUAACCAGUGCAUGAAGUUAUGAUAUCGUCUUAUUCUGAAAUAGGGAAAGAAAUGACAUUGCUUUUUGUCAAAUUUUAAUGCUGAUUGCUAUAGAACCUUUAAGAGCCACUGUCAUUGUAAGCAAAAUACUAUAAAUGAUAUAUAUAUAUAUAUAUAUAUAUAUAUAUAUAUAUAUUUAUAUGUCUUAAGAUUUAUAUUUCUCCCAAUUUUGGGUUUGGGAUAUUUAUACACAAAAAUAGAUAUUUCAAAUUGUAUCUAGAAUUGUCCCACGAUUGCUAGUUUUUCAUGGAAGAAAAGGCACAUAACAUGGUACAAUUUCUGAAUUUCAAUUCAUUUUUAAACUCUUACAGAUAUUGCACAUAGCCUCCAAGGUAGCCAACUCUAUUUUCUUCUGAUUUUUACUACAGUUUAAAUUCGUUUUCACAAGGUAAUGAAUGGCUAUUUUUAUAGAGUAAAGAUUUGUUUUUUAUUAGGGUAGAACAGAUUGCCUUAAAACAUCUCCAAGACCCGGUUUUGUACAGUUGCUCAAAAGCUUAUUGUUGAGAGUGAUAUUGUAGAUUUGUGUUAAUGGUACAUGUGUAUAUUGUGAUAUCCACUAAUCAUGGUCUGUAUCAUGCUGUUAAAAAUGAAUAUAACACAUGUUAUUUUCUUUUUGUGGGAAAACUUUAAUUAUAUUGAGUGUUUUAGUAUUUAACUUUUUUUUUUUUUUUUUUUUUUUGAAGAUUAAUAUGUAUCUAUUCUGAUUGAAGCGGUCUAUGUUAAAUGUAUUCACUGUAUAAAAAAAAAAGUUUUGUUAGAAAAAUAAAUUGUAUAUGUAGAUUUCCUCUAAUACUAACACUAACUAGAUACUAUGUUAUAUCCAUCUUAUAACACAAAAACGGAGAAAUCCCUAUCAAGUUUACUGCUAAAUAAAACAGAGAUGUCGUAUUACACGCCACUACGGAGCAUUUCAUAUCGUGUGUACAAAUAUUAGAAUUGUUCAUCAAACACUUUCAGUAUGUAUGCUAUAAAGUAAUAUAUAUAUAUAUCUGACGUCACUAAGGCACGUGAUCAUUGGAUUUUAUGCAUCAUUAACGUGAGCGUUUAAAGUAGUUUCUUGAUGACACAUCAGUGGUAGACAUGUUGCUGUGGUCAGAAUAUUUCACUGUCCCAAAGGCCAGUGGUCACUUGUGCGCUUAUGAAUAAAGAAAAACAUUGUAUUGUUUGGUUUUUUCUGUUAGUAAUGUCUUGAAAUAAAAUCAUUUAAAGAAUUUUAAA